UCAUCACCACCCGUCUUUUCUUUUGCUUCAUAAAUCAUAAUAAAUAUUGGCUAUUCUCUCUGCUUCUUUCCUUCCCCCCUCUAUCUUAUUAUAUUGAGUUCUUUAGCUUAAUUUCUCUCACCGACCACUUUCUGUUUUCAUUUCUCCUAGAGCAGCAAAAACUAAGACAAACAAAAAGCUUAUUCUUUUGUACCCUUUUGCUCUUGUUUCUCACAAGUUUCUCUGAAUUGAUUUUAUUCUUUUUGGUUUUGUUUAGAGUGUUUCUGUUGCAAGAGGGGUAGUGAGGAGCUUUUAUUUUCUGAAGGGGACUGAAGUGGUUUAAUGGGGUUGAAGGAAAUGAGUUUUUGGAUCCUGAACUCGAGUUUUUAGUCUUUUUGUGUGUGUGAAAAUGGGUGAAGUAGCGAUGGGUUCUGCGUUAAAGCAAACACUAAAGAAUCUUUGUUGCAGUAAUGGGUGGUGUUAUGGUGUUUUCUGGCGCUUUGAUCCCAGAAAUUCCAUGUUGUUAACAAUGGAAGAUGCCUACUACGAACAGAAAAUGGGUCCAUUAGUCGACAAAAUGCUUCUAAAAUUCCACAUCCUGGGUGAAGGAAUAAUUGGUCAAGCCGCUUUCACGGGAAAACAUCAAUGGAUUUUCUCAGACUCCAAUGGUAAAGGUUCGGAUUCCGCUGGAAAUGAAAAGAUAUUUCAGGAUGAAUCUGAGUUACAAGUCCAAUUUUCAUCUGGUAUCAAGACAAUUGCAGUAAUCUCUGUAGGAAGACGGGGAGUUGUUCAGUUUGGAUCCACAAAGAAGAUUUUGGAGAGGUUGGAACUUUUGGCUGAAACGGAGAAGUUGUUUUAUGACAUGGGAAGUUGUCAUGGGCUUACACCUUUGGAAAUUGAAACUUGCAACCUAGAUGGAUGGUUUACUUCCUUCAUUCUGGGUCAGAAUCCGACAACCGAACAAGGUGGCUGUUCUGUGGAGCCAACAGGGUGGUCAUGUUCCUUACAAAGUCUCAUUGAACCCUCCUGCUCUGUGCAUGACUAUAGUAUGAACUCUGUGCAACAGAAUUUAUCUCAUCUCACAAGUCAAAUUCAAACAAUUAGCAUAGAAGCUCAACCUAUAUCAGCUGGUAAGAUCAGUCGUGUUAACAGCUUGGCUGCUAAUACCCCUUGCACUAGUGAGGGUUCAAUUCUGACUUCAUUGCCGGGUGAAAAGGGCGAGUGGGAUCCUUCAAUUGUGUUUCCUAAAAAGGAUACAGAACAAAAUUUACAGGGUCAUUCAACGUUUACAUCAUUUUAUAGCACAGGAGAAUUGGUUGAUUCUGAAUUACAUAAUCUAGAUAGCUUUGGGAAAACAAAACAGGAACAACAUUCCUUUGGCACCAACGCUGGACUUCUGGAUAGUGUAAUUAGCCAACAGAGAAGCAUUGAGGAGUUUAACCUAGAUGACUUUAUAACAGAUCUCUCCAGCUCCUUUACAAUGGAUGAUUUCUCUCAGUGGUUUUCUCCUUUACCCCAGCAUCACAUACAUGGAGCAGGAGCUACAACGACUACUGAUCCUUCAUGUUCAGUAGGGGUUACCUCUGUGCCAUCUGUUCCGAUAGGAGGUGAUGCGGUAAUCAAUAUUCCAGUUGGACAAAUAGUUAAUUCAUCAAAGAGCUCCAUCGCUGAUGCAUUGACAUCUAGUGUAGAGAAAUCUACAAUGGUUCAUGAUAAUGGAAAUGAUCUGUUUAGUGGUACUGGAAUGGAUUUUAGACUUAGAAAAGCUGGGGAGUUAUCAGAAAAUAUCGACAUGCCUUUGUUGCAUAGUGCUAACAAAGUUGUUGCCUCUGGAAUGUCAUCAUCCAUGGCUGGCAAGCGAAAAGGGUUAUUCUCUGAACUUGGCCUUGAAGAGCUUCUAGGUGGUGUUAAUAAUUCUUCUUCUGUUGCUAAAUCUAGUGUUGAGGAUGAAAUUUUCACUACUAGAAGAAGGAAAAUUGAAAAUUCUUCAUCUAACUUCCAUCUAGGUCAGCUUGAAGGUCUUUCUUGCUCUGGUGGGGGCAUGAAUCUGGCCCAGCAUUCACAUACCUGGGACAAGAGUAAUGAUACUAUAUUCAGCAAAGAGUUUCACCUAAAAUCACAAGUAGGUUUAUGGAUUGAUGAUAGCUAUGGUGUAAAAGCUGGAAAUGCUGUUGUCACAACAGCAAAGAAGCCCACCAGGAAAAGAGCUAAACCUGGUGAAAGCUCUCGACCAAGGCCGAAAGACCGCCAGCUGAUCCAAGAUCGCAUCAAAGAACUGAGAGGGAUUAUUCCUCAUAGUGGAAAGCAGUUAAGCAUUGAUCAUUUAUUGGAGCGGACCAUCAAAUACCUGCUUUUCUUGCAAGGCGUGACAAAAUAUGCAGACGAGAUUAAACAAGCUGAUGAACCAAAGCUUAUUGGCCAGGGAAACAGAAAGCUUCUAAAACACAAUACAAUGAGUGGUGGUGCUACAUGGGCAUUUGAAGUUGGGGCUCAGAGUAUUCCUAUUGUAGUUAAGGACCUAAAUCCACCAGGCCAAAUGCUUGUUGAGAUGCUCUGUGAAGAUCGAGGAUUCUUUCUUGAGAUAGCCGAAGUUAUUAGGGGCUUUCCAUUGAAUAUUUUGAAGGGAGUGAUGGAGCUCCAAGAAGAUAAGAUUUGGGCACGAUUUAUUGUUGAGGCGGACAAGCAAAUCGAAAGGACAGGUAUAAUUUGGUCUCUUCUCCCGCUUCUGCAGCAAAAGGACAACAGUGGGAUUGAUUGUGCAACUCAGCCAAGUGGUGACAUGGAUGGUGGGAUUUCCUUAUUAAACAACCACCAGCAACAACCUUUCUUGCUGCGUCCUGUCAGCGUUGCUGAGACACUUCAAUAAUUAAAACACACAUUUAAGGGUUCCAGUAGUAGCUUGAGCAUUCACAUGUAAAGGAACCGCUGCGAUUUGUGUUGUGGAAAUCGAAGAGCCAAAACUGAAGAUAGCGGAGGUUCUUCAUUCCAGUUUCAACAGCCUUAUAACAUGGUUGAUAGGCUAGGAAAUAUUCUCAAAGGAGUGGCAAGUGAUCUUUUUACUCCCUAUACGGGAGGAGAAACCGUCAGAUGUGAAGUCGGCCAGCACAAGGAGCCAAAACCGGAUAGAAACUUGUUUCACCAUGGCCUGGACCAAUCUGGUUUGCAUGUGAGGGUGGUUAAUUGAUGUUUUUUGAACUGUAGUUCUUAGUUGCAUGCGGCUCCAGCCAUAAAUUUGUUUAUAAUCCAAAGCAGAUGACAUAGUUGUAGGCUAACCGCUAAUUAUAUUUCCUUGAUCCAUCAUCUGUUGUUGUUUGAUUACUGUAAUAAUAAAUAGAAUUAGCUUGCUUUGUCA